GUUAAGUUUUCACUACAAAUUGGACGUCGGGGUGAAUGCCGUGUAUUGGCUGAAACUUUGGACGGAUUUAAAUGUCUUCUCAAGUAUCUUACUGAGAAGAAGCACAAUUUUUUUACUUACGACACCAAAACUGAACGUGUGUUCAAGGUUGUCAUGAAAGGACUGCCCAGUGGUGAAUCCCUGGAUCAGAUCAAAGAUGAACUGGCAAAAUUACUUGGAGUUGUGCCACUCCAAGUAAUCAAAAUGAAAAUGAAAUCCCGUCCUGGCGAUUCGCGCAACGGGAUUUCUAAUGAUUUUUAUUUAGUUCACUUCAAAUCUAGUGAACUAAACAACCUUAAGGCCUUAGAAAAAGCUAGCCUUAUGCUCCAUGUCCGAGUGAAGUGGGAACACUUCAGGAAGACUGGAGGAAAUUUCCAAAACCUCACCCAGUGCCGUAAGUGCCAGGGAUGGGGUCACGGAACUAAAAAUUGCUACAUGCCAGCUAAAUGCAUGAAUUGUGGUGAUUCCUCUCACACAAAGGACGACUGUCCUGUGAAGGAAGAUCCUAAGAAAUUUAAAUGUUCAAAUUGUGGUGAAAACCACAAAUCCAAUUUUUGGGAAUGUAAGACUCGCAAAGCGAUCCUACAAUCU